AUGCGCAUCUCAGUUCCCACGUUGACACUCUUUACAACUGCUGCCACUGCUUCUUACGUCUUAGAGGAUGACUACUCUUCCUCAUCCUUUGCAAGCAUGUUUGACUUCUAUACAGGAAAUGAUCCCACCAAUGGCUAUGUAAAUUACAUUUCCCAAGACCAGGCAGAACGCUCCGGUCUAUACAAGGUCGACAAUGGCGCAAUCUAUAUGGGGGUCGAUUCUACAAACACUGCCUCUGGCCGUGGUCGAGACAGUAUACGAAUAAGCAGCAAGAAAACAUAUAAUCACGGUCUCAUCAUCUUGGAUCUUGCACACAUGCCAGCUGGUGCUUGUGGGACAUGGCCAGCAUUUUGGAUGCUUGGUCCAGAUUGGCCCGACAAUGGAGAAAUAGAUAUCAUUGAAGGAGUCAACACGCAAUCGACAAACAGUAUGGCCCUGCACACGGAUGCCGGUUGCUCAAUCACCAACACGGGAGCAUUCUCUGGCUCCCUCGAGACCGACAAUUGUGAUGUCAAUGCCGCCAAUCAAGCCACCAAUGCCGGCUGUUCGAUUCACAGCGGGGACUCCAGCAGCUUUGGAAGUGGUUUCAAUUCCAACGGCGGUGGUGUCUAUGCUACGGAAUGGACAAGUCAAGCAAUCAGCAUCUGGUUCUUCCCCAGAAGUGCCGUUCCCUCCGAUAUCUCCAGUGGCAACCCGGAUCCAUCCAAUUGGGGUCUUCCUCAAGGCCAAUUCACAGGCAACUGCGAUAUCAAUGACAAAGUCAAAGAUCAACAACUACUCUUCGACGUUACCUUUUGCGGUGACUGGGCUGGCAACGUCUGGUCCACCGACUCCACCUGCUCCUCCCAAGGAUCGACUUGUCAGGCUUUUGUCCAGAACAACCCAUCGGCCUUCCAAGAUACAUACUGGCUUAUCAAUGGUCUGAAAGUAUACAGCGACAACGGCGCUGGUGCUGCACCGACCCAGACUCAGACUCAAAGCACAGCUUCUGCUGCUCCAACCUUCACCUUCACCGGAUCUACUGCCGCCGACACCGCGGCCACGGCCACAACUCUCCUCACCGUCACCUCAGGUGGGACGACAAAUACCCCCGCCCCGGGCGCUUCGACGUCGACAGAAAGCACAUUCAGCACCACACUCUUCAACACGACCGUGACCGCCACCUCUGUACCUCUCGGUACAACAGCUUCUUCAACAUCCUUCCAAACUUCCUACAUUAUCUCUCAACCCACUACUGCCGCAACCACAACAGCACCCACCGAAACUUUAACCGUCACAACUGCACCAAUCUCAUCCGCUGCUCCACCUUCAUCUGCACGUGGAAACAGUGGAUCAUGGACCACAGUCACAAGCAGCGGGUGGGACUGGGGCAGUGGCAGUGGCAGCUCGAGAAAUGGCAAUGGGAACAGCAACGGCUACAGCGGUGGCGAUAGCAGUGGAUGGGGUGGUCGUGGCAGUUCGGGAAGGGAAUGGUUCCGAUCUACCUUCACAAACUGA